CACACACACACACACACACACACACACACAUACACACACACAAGAUCAUGACUCAAACUGAACUAAUCCAUCACGAACAUUUUUUUUCUUUCCUUUUAUUUUAAACACGUGAACCUCGCGCGCCGCACACUUGACUUCGACCUUGGCGGCGCGAGGGAGAGGGAGAGGGAGAGGGAGGGGGAGGGAAGGAGAGAGGCAGGUUCCCGUAGCAAUAAUCACGCCGCUUGGGUUCGAAUCUUAAUCUCUGAACCCUGCAAACUCCCGCCCCAUUCCACCACAGCGCCGCCACAGUAGGCAGGGCGGGGAGCUGUUGCGCGGCGUGUUGUAGCGGCCUCCUGCUGUCUCCCAUACCGUUUUCUUUCGUAAUUGUCUGAUUUUUUUUUUCGGAAUUGCUUCCCCCGUGUGACACAGAGGCGGGGGUGAAAAAUUCGGGGUUUUCAGGUGCGACUGUACGCGUUGAGCCGGAAAGCGAGGCACCACCUGUGUCGCCGGUGUAUAUAAGCUUGUGAGCCAACGGCAGUGCCUCCUCCUCUUCCUCAUUCUCCGCUCUGCCCUCAAACAGCUCCUCUCAUCACCGUCGCCCCGUCAGCACCGCACGUGUCGGCGCGGGGGCUUCUACCGGUGCAGUUCCUCCACCGCUUCCCUGGCCACUCACCUGGCCACUCACCUGGUCACCCCUUGCCCCAGCAGUGAAAGGUGUGGCGAGGAAGUGACGUGAGGAAGUGACCCCUGUAAUCGCCGCUAGUUAGCACCACCACUACCACCACCAUCACCACAAGGCCGCGGCUCGCCCUCCCCUGGUGGUUAUUUCUCUAACGAGUGGGACAGCGCGCCGGUCAGUCCGCCAGUUAACCCUGAGGCAGCAACCCGCCAACCAAGCCGCUGACCAUCACUCAGCAACCCUGCCUGGUAACACGGCGGCAACAGGCAACCAGAGAGCCAGUCAGUUCAUCAGGGAGGCGGACAGGCGAGCAGUUAAACAGGCAGGAGGACGGACAGCUAGUCCCCUACUCCGUGAGGGGGCCCGUCAGUCAGUCAGCCAGUCAGUUGUCAAGCUGCCACGUGCGUGAGAACUCUCUCUCUCUCACCUGGCCAGCCUCUCCCACCUGUCCUCGCCGCCAUGAGGACCUUUCUGCCGGUGGUGUGGACGGCGGCGGCGACCUGCGUCCUGGCGGCACCACAUCCCUCUCCCUCCACCCUGCCUCGCAUCUCCAGGGCCCGCCGCUCCCCUCAGGACUCAUGGGAUGCAAGACAGUCUCACUCGGUCCUCCCCCCGCCAGGACUGUCCCUUAGUUCCCCUCACAAGGAACCUACGGGACCUAGGGGAACCUCCUCCACGCAUCCGACACAUCGCACCACACGUCAGCUGGUCUCCACACCCCGCAGGUCCUCUGGCAAGCAGGAGGAGUCACAGGGCAGUGAUGAUUCGUCCACUUCUCCUGCGCUGUCUACCUUCUUCAGGGCCCUACGCUCCCCUCUCCCUGAAAACCCAGAGAAGGAUCCUGAAGGACCCGUGAAGGAUACCGAUGCAAGGGAGACCACCAAGAGAGCCUCGCUGGGCUACGGGGCGUGGAAUAUCAUCCUGACGGCGCUGGACAGUAGCAAGAAGGGCAACGAGUAUCUGCACACGGAGCCAGGAGAUGGCGUGAUUCAGGACACUGCCCGGCCUGCUGGAACAGCCCCUGGAAGUGCCCGCCCCUUUGAUGGAGGAUCUGGAGGGUCUGGAGGGGCUGGGGGUGCUGGAGGGUCCUCCUCCUCCUCCUCUUCCUCCUCCUCCUCCUCCGCCUCAAGCGUGGGCAAAGGCCUUCACAACAAGGACUCCACCAGCGCGGGGAAGAACAAAUUCGGACAUGCCGUCGGGGCGUCCAUCAGUGUGAACUUCCCCGGGGCCACCGUGGUGCACGGGGGCGCGUCAGGGGGUGCGGGAGGCGUGCAUGGGGGAGGGGCAGGCUGGUCAGCAGCAGGAGGCACAGGGGUGGCAGGGCAAGGCGGUGUGUCCGGGGGCGGGAACGGGGCAUCAGGGGUAGGAACGUUUGGGGGCAGCGGUGGUGUGGCAGGAAUAGGGAAAGGGAUGUCAGGGGCAGGGUGGGCGUCUGGGGGCGGGGGCGGGGGAGGUGGAGGUGGGUCAGGUGCUGCAGGGGUAUCGGGGGGGAGUGGCGGGACGGGAGGAAACUGGAACCAACAAGGAGGUGGUAACACACAUUCAGGCGGGAACAUUCAAUUCGGGGGUGCCCACACAGGGGGAAAGGGUGUCCACGCAGGGGGCGGUAACACUCACCUCGGGGGAGGGGGCACUCAUUCAGGAGGCGGAAAUACUCACUUGGCAGGCGGGGAUGGCCAUUCAGGGGGCGGGGGAACCAACUCCAAGGGGUGGGCGUCAGCGGGAGGAGGCAGUGUGUCGGGAGGAGCAGGGGGAUCAGCUGGAGGGGCUUCAGGUGGGAGCAUGGGAGGAGGAGGAGGGUGGCAGACAGGGGCCGUGACAGGAAGCAAAGGAACCACAGGGGGCCACGGGGGCGUCACAGCAGGGGGAGGAGGAUGGCAGGCAGGGGGAGGGUCAGGAAGCAAAGGUGUCACUGGGGGUCAGGUGGGAGUGACAGCAGGGGGAGGGGGCUGGCAGGCAGGGGGAGUGACAGGAAGCAAAGGUGUGACGGGGGGCGUCGUGGCGGUGACAGUGAGGCCAUGCUCUGGGGGAGGGAGGUGCCCAGGGGAGUAUGAAUACAACACUGAGGCGCAGGGAGAGGAUGGCGACCCGUGGGUAACACCGUGGCAAGAAGGGGACCAGAACACCAUUCCUGCGUCCACGACAGUCCCCUAUGGCAUCAAUUUAAACGGCUACACCAUCAUAGGUGGAAGGGGAUCCAAGCCCUUCUCCCUGCCAUACCUCCUCCCGCGGCCCCCUCUAUCGUUCAGUGGAGGACGCGGUACAGGGCAGCAAGGGAUAGGGGGAGACUCAGGGGUGCAGAGUAAGUUGCCAGGGGGUUGGUUGCAGACUACAGGGCCGGAUGCUGGGAGGAAGAAAGGAGGGGGAAGUGGAGGACAAGGAACAGGGGGGCAGGGGAUUAGUGCUGGAUGGCAGGGAACUGGGGGAAGGGGACAGGGCGCUUGGGUAGGGGUAACUACAGCGGCAGGAUGGCAGGGGACUGGGGGAGGGGGAGGUACAGGGGCAGGGAAAGGUACAGGAGCAGGACAAGGCACAGGGGGAUGGCAGGUCACGGGGGGAGGGCAAGGUACAGGGGGAUGGCAGGGCACGGGGGCAGGGCAAGGUACAGGAGGAUGGCAGGGCACGGGGGGAGGGCAAGGUACAGGGGGAUGGCAGGGCACGGGGGGAGGGCAAGGUACAGGAGGAUGGCAGGGCACGGGGGGAGGGCACCUACCGGGAUGUGAGGGAUGGGUAGGGGUGCAGGGUGCAGGGGGAGCAGGGCAGGGGGGUGAGGGAACCAGAGUCGGUCUACUGGAAGUUAUAGAAGUUAGAGUGUUCUCAAGUUCAGUGACAAGUUGA